CCAGGGUCACGUGAAGCCACAGGAACAGGUGGUGGAUGGUCAUAUGAGCAGCUGGUGCUUAUCACAAGUGACCACUGACUCCAGGCAGACAAUCUCUGAAGAGUAUUGAUAAUGGCUGUGGUCACCCAUCUUGAAAAGACACUGCCCAGAAGAAGGCAAAGGCAAACUACUUAUGUAGAAAAACGUGCCAGGAACAGUCAUGGUCAAAGACCAUGUUCGCCCACUUCGUUCAACACUACACGUAAUGAUGAUGAUGAUACUCAGUACUUGAGAAAAACAAGUUCGAGUCCAAAUGCCUGAAAACUGGAAUUUGAAUUUGACUACACAGCAAACAUUGUAACUCAGUGGCCCAGUUUGGUUUAAUGAUUAAAGUAGUUAUCUUGUUCAUGGUCAGUAUUCCUCUACAUUAUGUAUCAUCGCUGUGUGUCUGUGUUUGUCGUGUGUUUGACUCUCUUUUUCUACAAGAUACAGGAUGAACGUCCUAUUUAUUCCAUUUCGCGUGCUGAAGCUACCAGUAAGAAGUGUCAAUUCCUACCUGUCUAAUUGCAAUCGAGGAGCUUUUGGGAUACCGAAGAACCAUGUAAAGCUAUUCUUCUCAGAUAAUAAGAAGAGUAAACCUAAAAAUUCCACAGACUAUGAAUCGAUGAGGCUGGAGUACAAACCGCAAGUGCCAGAAUACUUUAAUUUUGCAAGUGAUGUCCUUGAUAAAUGGAGUGACAUGGAAAAGAAUGGAAGCAGAGGUUCAAACCCUGCUUUGUGGUGGCUGAAUCAAAGAGGACAAGAAAUGAAAUGGAGCUUCCAGGACCUUGCUCUUUACUCCAAGAAGGUGGCCAAUAUCUUAUCUGAUGCAUGCAAUCUUCAAUUAACUGAUCGAGUUAUUGUUGUCCUGCCCCUCAUUCCAGAAUGGUGGCUGUUGAAUGUAGCAUGCAUGAGAACAGGUACUGUACUGAUCCCUGGAACAAGCCAGCUAACUACCAAAGACAUUUUAUACAGGUUGCAGGCAUCCAAUGCAAAAUGUAUCGUUACAAAUGACGUACUGGCAGAUUCAGUGGAGGCAGUGAUGUCCCAGUGCCCAUCGCUCAAAGCAAAGAUGAUCAUAUCACAUAAAUACAGAAAGGGAUGGAUUAAUUUCCAUGACCUUUACCGAAAUGCAUCCUCUGAUCACAAAUGUGCAAGGACCAAGAGUUUCGAUCCAUUGAUUAUUUUCUUUACCAGCGGAACCACCGGUGCUCCUAAGAUGGUUCUUCACACACAUUACAGUUUUGGUGUAGGCCUGACAGUGGCUGCAAGGUACUGGUUGGACCUCACAACUUCAGAUGUGAUGUGGAACACCUCUGAUCCUGGCUGGGCUAAGUCUAUGUGGAACAAUGUCUUUACACCAUGGAUCCAAGGAUCUUGUGUUUUUGCCUCGAACAUGCAUCAGUUUAAUCCAGAACAAGUUUUGCAAAUUUUAUCCAGGUAUCCAAUAACGACCUUUUGUUCUACACCAACUGUGUAUCGCAGGCUUGUACAGAGUGAUGUCAGCAAGUACAAGUUCAAGAAUCUCCAGCACUGUGUGAGUGCAGGUGAACCUAUUAAUCCUGAGGCAAUGACUGUCUGGAAAGAGCAGACUGGCUUGGACAUCUAUGAAGGAUAUGCUCAGACAGAAACUGUCUUGAUCUGUGCUACUUUCAAAUGGAUGAAAAUUAAACCUGGUUCAAUGGGGAAGCCAACACCAUCAUUUAACGUUCAGAUUAUAGAUGAGAAUUGUAAUGUGGUGCCUCCUGGAAUGGAAGGUGACAUUGCCAUAGAUGUAAAGUCUGCUAAACCCUUCGGCUUUAUUUCCAGAUACAUUGAUCAGCCAGAACAAACUGCUGCAAGCCUGCGAGGAGACUAUUAUCUGACUGGAGACCGUGGCCGAAUGGAUGAGGAUGGAUACGUCUGGUUCAUGGGGAGAGCAGAUGAUAUAAUUUUAUCAUCUGGGUAUCGUAUUGGACCAUUUGAAGUAGAAAACGCGUUAAUAGAACAUCCAGCAGUGGCAGAGUCUGCGGUGGUUAGCAGUCCUGAUCCCGUAAGAAGAGAAGUUGUGAAGGCAUUCGUCAUUCUAACUGCUAAUUUUACCUCACAUGAUCCUGACAAGUUAAUUAAAGAAUUACAGGAACAUGUUAAGAAAACCACAGCACCAUACAAGUACCCAAGGAAGAUUGAAUUUGUAAAGGAACUGCCCAAGACCAUCAGUGGGAAAAUCAGAAGAAUUGAGUUACGAAAGAAAGAAUGGGAAAGUGUUAAGAGUUAAAUCAUUUUUGUACAUCAUAGAAUGGAAUCAAUUAAUACCUUUACAUUAAUCUGAUGAAUUGAAAAGAUUUUACAUAGUAUGUUAGCAAAUCUUUUAUCCUGUACUGUUCACAGGCACAGCUGCUUUUGUUCAAACAUUCAUGCCAUUAUAAAAAUUUGUCUUUAUUUUUACCAUUACCCUUGUAUCUGAAGAGAUAUUAUACACUUACUGCAGUGUAAUGAAUAGUAGGCCAUUUUUCACUUUAGCCGUUCUGGCCCCAUGAGCCACACCACCCCAGUAACCUGGCAAACCCAAUUAACCCUACCCCAAUCACGAACCAAUUUACAAUGACCAAUUAACCUACCCGGUAUGUCUUUGGACUGUUGGAAGAAACUAAAGCACCUGCAGAAAACCCACACAUUCCACAGGGAGGACAUACAGAGACUCCUUUUGGAACAGCAUCGGAAUUGAACUCCGAACUCUAGGACGCCCUGAGCCGUAAAAGCUUCGCACUAACCGCUCCACAACAAAGUUCAAAAAUAAGGGAUAUAUACAAUUUAAGAGAGAAUACCUUGAUUUUAUUAAUCCAAAUGAAAUAUAGGAACUUAGAAAAUACUUAAAUGUAUUACUUGUCUCACUUUGAUAAAUUAUCUGAAAUGUAGUAAAUCAUUAUUUGGCCAAAUAAUCUAGGGCCAAAUAGUGGGGAAAAAAGGAAGGAGCACCAUGCAAAGGUUUGGCCACCCCAAGAGAUCUGAGCUCUCAGAUAACUUUUACCAAGGUCUCAGAACUUAAUUAGCUUGUUAGGGCUAUGGCUUGUUCACAGUCAUCAUUAGGAAAUGCCAAGUGAUGCAUAUUUCAAAGCUUUAUAAAUACCCUGACUCCUCAAACCUUGUCCCAACAAUCAGCAGCCAUGGACUCCUCUAAGCAGCUGCCUAGCACUCUGAAAAUUAAAAUAAAUGAUGCCCACAAAACAGGAGAAGGCUAUAAGAAGGUAGCUGUUUCCUCAGUUUGUAAUGUAAUUAAGAAAUGGCAGUUAACAGAAAUGGUGGAGGUCAAGUUGAGGUCUGGAACACCAAGAAAACUUUCCGAGAGAACUGCUCGUAGGAUUACUAGAAAGACAAAUCAAAACCCCUAUUUGACUACAAAAGACCUUCAGGAAGAUUUAGCAGACUCUGGAGUGGUGGUGCACUGUUCUACUGUGCAGCGACACCUGCACAAAUAUGACCUUUGUGGAAGAGUCAUCAGAAGAAAACCCUUCCUGUGUCCUCACCACAAAAUUCAGCAUCAGAAGUUUGCAAAGGAACAUCUAAACAAGCCUGAUGCAUUUUGGAAACAAGUCCUGUGGACUGAUGAAGUUAAAAUAGAACUUUUUGGCUGCAAUAAGCAAAGGUAUGUUUGGAGAAAAAAAGGGUGCAGAAUUUCAUGAAAAGAACAUCUCUCCAACUGUUAAGCACGGGGGUGGAUCGAUCAUGCUUUGGGCUUGUGUUGCAGCCAGUGGCACGGGGAACAUUUCACUGGUAGAGGGAAGAAUGAAUUCAAUUAAAUACCAGCAAAUUCUAGAAGCAAACAUCACACUGUCCGUAAAAAAGCUGAAGAUGAAAAGAGGAUGUAGUCCUAAAUACACCUCAAAAUCCACAAUAGACUACCUCAAGAGGCGCAAGCUGAAGGUUUUGCCAUGGCCUUUACAGUCCUCUGACCUAAACAUCAUCGAAAAUCUGUGGAUAGACCUCAAAAGAGCAGUGCGUGCAAGAUGGCCUAAGAAUCUCACAUAACUAGAAGCCUUUUGCAAGGAAGAAUGGGCGAAAAUUCCCCAAACGAGAAUUGAAAGACUCUUAGCUGGCCACAGAAAGUGUUUGCAAGCUGUGAUACUUGCCAAAGGGGACGUUACCAAGUACUGACCAUGCAGGGUGCCCAAACGUUUGCUUUUCCUUUUUUGUUAUUUUGAAACUGUAAAAGAUGGAAAUAAAAAAGUAAUCUUGCUUAAAAUAUUAAAGAAA